AUGUGGGCAUCAUUGCUACGUGAUCAACGUGAUAGUGAUAGGCUUGUUUACGUAUAUCCACGUGUUAGUACCUUAAUCAUUUUCUUAUCUCCUCAUAUGUUUGGCGAUCGAGUGGCAGCAUUUAAAAUAACAACAACAAUAAUUGCUAAUAUGAUGUCGCCCGAACAAGAAUUACGCUUACUGUAUUUGUAUGAUGAAGAAAUUAUAAAAAGGAUUGCAGUGCAUCAUGUCGAAGCUGUUAAGUUUGCCAAACUUCUCAAACAUAACGAAUACGAAACUCUCGUCGAACAGUAUAAUUUCAAUUGGAUUGUCUUUUCAGUAAAGCUAUGGGAACGACUGUGGAAGGCAUCAACACGUACCCUUCUCUUCGAAACCGUUCUAUCCUAUCUUCUCGCUUGCGAUCAAAAACUCCAUCGACGAUUAUUAUGCAUCAAUUUUACAAGCAGUAUGCUUGACUUAAUCGAAAUCUUAAGGAAUCUCGAUGAAAUUUUCAAAAAUAUGAAGCCUGAUGUCGUGUGUGAAGAGAUUUCCCGUAUAAGCGAUCAUCAUGCGAAUUUGAUGAAGCCGGUAAAAAACAUAAUUGAGCGAUUAGGAGAAACAUCUGCCAAGAAAUAUAUUUUGCGAACAGUACUCGAUAUGGGUGAAGGAGGAUUCCUAGAUUUACUGAACGCAGUGGCAGCUUGCUCCGAUACUGCUCAUCAUUUUGUGAUGGAAUUGUAUCCUGAUUUUGAGCGAUAUUAUCGGAAGUUUUAUUUUUGCGAAUGUGAUGUUCCGAUAGCUAAUGUUAUUAUGGAAUCACGAUCAAAUAAACUGGAGAAGGUGUGCAUGAUGGAUUUACGUUAUGAGCAUUUUCCUGUCAGUGCAUCAGACGCAGUUAAAGAUGAUAUUUAUGAAGGCAACGUUAUCAUUUUACGAAAUUAUCAGAAAGAACUGGCUCAAGCAGCUUAUGAAGGGCGAAAUACCUUGAUUUGUGCACCAACAGGAACUGGGAAAACUGUGGUAGCGGCAUCGAUUGCUCGAAAUCAUCUUGUAUUGGGCAGGAAAAAUGAUUUUCAUACGAAGAUUUGUUUCUUUGUUACGAAUACGACAUUUCUGGAGCAGCAGGCAAAGACGUUGGAAAAAUUUGUUGGUCAUCGUUGGAAAGUUGUCUUUUUGAGCGGCAUAACGGUGAAUACACCUAUUGCGGAGACGAUUGAAGCUCAUGAUGUUAUUAUUAUUACACCUCAACUUAUUGUGAAUCUCCUGAAGACUUGUAAUAAAUACAACGAUUUGCCCUUCUCGUUAUCUUCAUUUUCACUAAUAUUUUUCGAUGAAGCUCAUCAUGCAGAUGGAAAUCAUCCAUAUAAUGUGAUUAUGAAUGACUAUCACGACAUGAAGCACACUGGUAAGAUUCUUGAUGGGAAACGCUUACCCCAGGUUGUUGGUCUGACGGCUUCAUUAGGUAUUGGUAAUGCUCAAAAUGCUUUGGAAGCAGUAGAUCAUUUUAUUAAAAUAUGCGCAAACUUGGAUAUUACCGUCCUAAGUUAUGUGCACGAAAACAUUGAUGAACUUCGUGCGUUUUCAUCCAUUGCUGCUGACGAGACGAAACUGAUCGAAUUCGACAUAACCACUGAUUCAGUAGCCGUUGGUGUCUUGGAUCUCUUCAAGCGAUUUGAAGACAUUUUGAAUAGGAUUGCGAGGUCACUUUCUAUGUCCGAUAAAAUAUAUAAGCAUUCGAACCAGGAUAUGCUCCAUAGGUUGACAAGUCCGCCGCAUGAUAAAUACUCGAAAGUGUAUGAAACAUGGUUUUCUCAGCUAUUGGUCAAGUUUGUCCCUGUAGCAAAGCUUGAAAGAGAAAGCCGUUUUCUUAUAAUGACAUGCUUGCAGUUCAUUGGAAUCCUGUUUCGUACGUUGGAAUAUUAUAUUCAUUUUCCUUCAUAUGUUGCCAAAAAGUAUUUCGAAAAUGAAUUUGAUAUCGUCCGACACACUGCAAGUCAGGAACUUGUAAAUAUCAUGCGAACAUGUCCUCUAAAAACUGUUGUUGGAAAUAGUACAGAUAACAAACUAUACAAUGAACUUCUACGUGAAUUACAUGAUCAGUUCUCUAAGCACAAGGAUGGGCGUGCUAUUGUUUUUGUACUGACGAGAGAUUUUGCGGGGCAAUUAUCAAAAGAAUUGAAUAAAGAUGAAAAUCUCCAGAUGUUGGAUGUUAAGUCGGAUUUUAUUACAGGUAUUAACGCAUCGGGCGAGAUUGGUGGUCAAUCUAUCAGUCAGCAGCGUGAUAUACUGGUACGAUUUACAUCGGGUGAUAUCAAAAUUUUAUGCGCAACAUCGGUUGCAGAAGAGGGCAUCGACAUUCAGAAAUGCAAUCUUCAUAUUGUUUUAGGACGAGGUCGAGCUAUAAAUUCGCGUUGUGUUUUGAUAACAUGUGAUCAAAAAUUACAAGCUCGAGAGGAAAAAAAUAUCAUCCGAGAGCAAAUUAUGCGAAGUGCUUUGAAGUUGAUCGAUCAGAAAUCACCAAAUUGGUUUCGGGAAGAGGUUCUAAAGCGUGUAGAACAGAAUACUGCAGAGCGAACCCGAAAAAAACUGCUGUCGAGGGAGAAAAAAAUUGCACUAGCUUCAAGACGAUACACAUUGUUAUGCAAAAAAUGUGAUGCAAUUAUUUGCGAUAGUAAUGAUAUUGUUGUAACAUCUACCUAUUCUCACUAUCUUUGCAUUUGCAAAGAAAUUUGGAAUCGUUCGAGUCAACGAUCAUUUCCAAAAGAUAUGAUAGAACGAGAAAAUUAUUAUCAGUUUAAAGGCGUUGGAUCGAUAUGUUGUAUAAAGUGCAAUCAUCACUGGGGUCGUGUUGUUCGCUAUAACGAUUUUACACUACCUCUCAUCGCAGCCAAUGCAUUCGUUUUGGUUGCAGAAAAUGGGGAAAGAUUCCAGAAGAAACAAUGGAAGCAGAUAGUUGAAAACUUAUUCAGUCCUCGGAAAAUUGAAUUGUGUGACUAUGCAAUUAUGAAAGAUAUCUCAGCUUUACCCGAUCCGAUUUCUGAUGACUUCUGCAUUUAA